UAUAAGAAUAAAAGAGUGGAAUGAGUAGAUGUAUAGUGACAUGCCACGAUGUCCGUAAUUUCAUUAUGACUCGUUCAUUUCUGUAAUAUCACAAAAAUUGACUGAACAUCGCUGAAAAAUGACGCUAUAUCACUUCGGAAAUUGUCUGGCAUUGGUAUACGUGCCAUACUACUUAACUUACAAAUAUUCCGGCCUGUCGGAGUACGGCGCAUUUUGGAAAUGUAUUCAAGCCGGUGGUAUUUACAUAUUCACGCAGCUCGUAAAAAUGCUGGCGCUCGCAACAUUUUUUCCAACUGCUGACAAUGUGGGAGAAGAAAGUUUUGAUGUUUUUGGAGAAUUUUUAAAGUCAUCCAUUGAUCUGGCAGACCUGGUAGGAAUUUUGUUGGUACUAAACAGUAUACCUGGCAAAGGCCACGCCAAGGUAUUAACCGCUGGUAUAGGAUGGGCAGGAGCUGAAGUGCUGCUUACAAGAUUCUUGCUGCUCUGGGUUGGAGCACGUGGCGCCGAGUUCGAUUGGAAAUAUAUUCAAAAGAGUCUCGAGUCGAACAUCAAUUUGGUGCAACACAUAACAACCGCAACAUUGGUUUGGUUAUGGUCCAGACACGAUUUAAAACGUGGUUUAGUUCCUAUAGUAAUUGGUAUGCUUGUACUUACAGUGUACAGGCCACUCAUGCUAGACUUUCUUUCAUUAUUUUUAUUAGCUGGCCCAUGGUCGGCACUUAUUAUUAAGGCGAUUACCACCUUUUUCAUCGGCGCAACAACGUUGCAUAUUUACGCAGGUCUCGCGCAUUCAAUUGGAAUUUUCUAAACUUUAAUUUAUGUACAUAUUACGUGUGUGUGUGAUGUACAGUUGUUUUGAUCAAUUCAUUGAUUGAUGUUUCCCAUUUUCCAAUAAUACUAUAAUUGUAUAUUACGUAAUAAAUUCGUUGUUAUUACAUUUA